AGUAUAGUAAUACCUGAUGUAAUUGUCUUGCAUGGAUACUUUUGGGGGAGUUAACAUCAUUUUGAUUGUUAAAUAUUACAAGAAAGAAUUUUGGACUAUCUAGGUACUCUUUAAACAUUAAAAGGUAAAAUGUGAUAAUGGGUAAGUUUGUACUGUAUGAGAAUUUUUUCUUCAAUUCAGGAGAUUUUAUCAGGCCUUUAUUAUGAUGGAAGCCUGUAGACAACGCUGGGGGAGACACAUGCUGGUAUUUCCUCAAGUGGGAGUGAACUUUUAUAAAACAAGUCCAGACAUGUCUAGGCCAUUGGUAACAUUUGAUUUUCUCUUUAUAUUGCGUAUUUCCUUUAUCCAGAUGUUUUAACAUGCUCCUCCACCAUUUAUCUCUGAGCUGGCAGCUUGUCAUUGGCACUUUGGUAUCCUUUUGUUUCUGUACAGAGCACAUCUGUGGCUGCGUGUGGUCUUCAGGUUGUUUGUUUGCAACCUCCACUUUGAAGAUUCAUUGGAUCAAUUAUUUCGGUAUCACUAGUUGAUCAGAAGAUUUGAAGACAUGACUUCUCCUCAUCCUUUGGAUGAUGCCCAAGGCUUUUCUACCCAAUGAUCCUCUUGCAACACGCCGGGCUUCCUCCGCCUAAGCGGCCCUCAUCCUCUCCUCCUAUGUCAGUGGCCGCCAGGUCUACAGGAGCCUUGCAGCUUCCACCGCAGAAGCCUUUUGGGCAGGAGGCUUCCUUGCCUUUGGCUGGAGAAGAAGAGCCACCUAAGGGAGGGGAACAAGACACUGCCCUGGAGGAGCUAUGUAAGCCCCUGUACUGCAAGCUCUGCAAUGUCACCUUGAACUCAGCGCAGCAAGCCCAGGCUCAUUAUCAGGGUAAAAAUCAUGGUAAGAAACUUCGAAAUUACUAUGCAGCCAAUAGCUGUCCUCCUCCUGCCAGAAUGAGCAAUGCAGUGGAACCUGUGGCUGCUCCAGCUGUUUCAGUCCCUCCGCAGAUGGGCUCCUUUAAGCCGGGAGGCAGAGUGAUCCUGGCCACAGAAAACGAUUACUGUAAGCUCUGUGAUGCCUCCUUCAGCUCUCCGGCUGUGGCCCAGGCUCACUAUCAAGGCAAGAAUCAUGCCAAGAGGCUGCGGCUGGCGGAAGCUCAGAGUAACUCAUUCUCAGACUCCUCAGAGGUUGGUCAACGGCGGACCCGAAAAGAAGGGAAUGAAUAUAAGAUGAUGCCUAAUAGGAGAAAUAUGUAUGCAGUACAGAAUAAUUCAGCAGGUCCUUAUUUCAAUCCCCGCUCUCGGCAGAGAAUUCCACGUGACCUGGCCAUGUGUGUUACUCCAAGCGGCCAGUUUUACUGCUCCAUGUGUAAUGUCGGGGCUGGCGAAGAGGUGGAAUUCCGGCAGCAUUUAGAGAGCAAGCAACAUAAAAGCAAGGUGUCUGAACAGCGGUACAGGAAUGAGAUGGAGAAUCUGGGCUACGUAUAGUGAUUGUCAUAUUCAGAUAGAGCAGCUUGUCCUGCCUGUUGCUCGCCUUCUGUCAACAUGCCCUGCUUUGUGGUUCUUUCGAUAUGAGUACAUUCCUCUGCUUAAUGUUAAUACACAUAACCUGCAGUGGUACCAUAAGGUGUCAGAAUUGGGGAAGGAAGAGAAUGUGCUUAAGUCAUGAUGCUUUUUCAGGUCAGUUGUGUUGAGCUGCUUUAAGCCUGUGACCUACCUACCCCAUGAGACAUACCUUUUUAUCUUGACCAAGUUCUGGUCAACUAGUAGCCUGACCACAUAGAGCUUUAACUAUUUAAAAACUUCAUAUUCUUUUACAGUGUUAGUGUUAUGUAUUGUUAAAUAAUUUUAUCGAGUUUUUGCUUCAGAUCACAGUAAAAGCAGGUAAGCAAAGAUUUUAGUUUCCCAAGGUUUCUUUGGAACUACCAUCUCAACUCAGUGAAUUGUCAGUAGGAUAUACUAUGUGAACUGCAUUAGAGUCUUGCCCAGAACAGUGUUUUCUGUUUAUCAUGUCCCUUCCUUAUUGAAAUGCAGGUUCUCUUGGAUUCAGACACUUCUAAUGUGUUUGUGUACUUCCAGAUAGCGAAACUUGAUUUUCAGUUGUGAAUUUCGCACAUUUAAAUUCACCUUCUUUUCUCCUCUUUUUUUCUCCUCCAGUUGAAUUAGCUUAUCCAAUUAGCUCAUUUUCAUGCCCCAGAACGGUGUUGUAGGUUUUCCAAGCCCCAUAUUUGAAUAUCCAAUAAGUUUAGGAUAGAUGUGAUAUUUUUUAAUAUAUUUUUUUCAGCUGGUGUUGGGAAAUGAAAUGUAUUUGAUUUUUCAACUUAGAGUUACUUCAUGAUAAUAACAUGCACUUAUGUGAUGGUCUCAACUGUAAGUUCAGAACCCUUGAUAUUUGUUUUGAUAGACUUUUUAGAUAGACAGAUCCUUACAUUUUACUUACAUUCGUCUUUGUCUUGCUAAUUUGUAGACUGUCCUGAAAAAUAUCACUACUUUACUAUUUCCAAGAAAGAAAAUAAUUUUUUUAAAACAGUUAAUCAAAUUUUAGUAGCAUUUCCAAUAGAAAAAUACCUGAACUUUGGCAUUAUUCUUUAUAAUUCAGCUUCUUUGAAGAUAUAGAUUAAUAAAAAUAUAGAUUACUUUCAUAUCUGGUAAUUAGAACAGUAUUAUUAUUUUUGCUUUUUGUUUUUAAAAUGAGAAGCUCUAGUAUUUUGUCUAGAUUAACCAAUGGAGGAUUCUAUGAAUUUUCACUAACUGUAUUUUACUUAUUUACUAUAUUUACAUGGAUAAGAUGGGUGCUCAUCCAUACUCCUUUUGAAAGGCCAUGUUCAUAGAAGUUUAUAUUGAGCAAUAUCUUUGCACUAUGGUGAAUUCACUUUUGAUUGCUUAUAUUACUAAUUAAAAAUAAAACUAUUUUUCCUUAAAAAUUCUAUAGGCAAAAAGAUAAGGAGAAGGAAAAUUAUAAUCAUCAUUCCAUUCCUUUAGUACUUCUGAACAAUUUUUGAAUUAUCUAGACCCAUAUUUAAAAUUAAGUUUUGUGAUACUGGUACACUGGUACACUCUCUGGUACACUCUCAAGUUACCCUUCUGUUGAAGUCAUGGUUUUUUAAUUCUAAAAGUAGAAUUACUUAGUAGUUUUAUUUUCUCCCAGAAGCAGAAGAAUGAAAUAAUGUUCUGUUGAAGUUCUAUCGAGACCUGUGAAUCAGUAUAAUAACACUUUUUGCAGUAAGCUAUGAAGUAUAAUUGAUUAUUUUAGGGCAGUUUAGAGCUUCUCUUAUUGAUUAGUAGGUUACUCAUUUUGCUGCUAAGUGUAAUUUUUUGGUAGAUUUUAAUAUGACAGUGCUGGCCACAUGGUUCUACGAUUAUUUAAAAAUUCUUUUUUCCCCUCUCUGUGUGUGACUACAUAUAUGUAUACACAUGUAUAUGUAUGUGUGUAUAUAUAUGUGUGUAGUUGUACACACACAUAUAUAAAUCUAUGUAUAUAUAGUUUUAUGUGAUACCAUAGAGAAGAUUUCAUUGAAUCCUUAGAUAACAGUAAAAGAUUGUGGAUAAGAAUUUACAUUUUAUACAAGUGGCAUUCAUCCACUUUCAGUUUUUUCUUUGCAGAUAAAAUUAAUGGAAGGAUCUUCUCUACUCUCCCCACGUAACAGUUUCAUUUUAUAUACGUAAUAGCAGUGGACUUAAGGCCUUGGUGUUUUUCCUGGCCUCGCAUAUUCAGGUUUCUAGUCUCUCAGUGCCCUUAAUGGAUGUUAUGAAUGCAUAAACGCAUUUUCUUUUAAAGAAAACAGUUAGAUUUAUAGUGUUAUUUCUUACUUGUUCUAUUUCUUUGCACUAAAACAGACUGAUGUUUGCUUUAUAUGACACCUUAGAAACCAUAUUGCCUACAAUAGCUGGGUUUGCUCCUAACUUUCCAAACUCUAGGCAGUUGAUAAAUAACUUCCAUGAUUACAAAGGUUACAUACACAUCCAAAAAAAGAAUCACAAAUCCCUAGGACAGUGGGUUGUGUUUUGGGCUUGUUACCUUGCAACAUUCUCCUGUGUUCCGUAGGUGAAACAGAUGGUGACAGAGGUGUCAGAAAGGAAAUGCCUAGGUAAAUACACCUCUGCAUGCUACAGUUUCUCAUACUCAUGCAUUCCUUACAGAUAGUGUUGUUUCUUUCCUGUCAAAGAAGGCUGUUAGUACUGCACUCAGUGGUAUGUGAUCUCUGUCAGUUUCGUUUAGUAAAAUCAGGUCCUGCUCUGUAAUAUCCUUUAGAAUUUGCACCCUGUGCUCCCCAGGAAUCACAUUAAUAUCUUUUUAUGUACUGUAUACAAGGAGGCCUAACCGAUGGAAAACCUUUAGUCAAAUAAGUGGAUUCUAGUUCUAGAUCUACAAGAACAACGCAGAGCAUCAAAGUCUCUUCUCUGUGAAUAUCUUCAUGUAAGUUGUCAUUCAGAAAUCAAUGUUGAAAAUAACAAUUAGAAACUCUUCUAAAAUAUCGAGGGCCAGAAGAUGUAAAGGAAAAAUUUUGGUGUUCUGAUUAAAAGAUUAGAUUGCUUAUGUCUUCGAAGUGUUUUUUCAAAAAUACUCAGUUACAGAGCUGAGUGUGCCAUGUGAUCCUUUCAACUCCACAUUGAACAGAAAAUGUUUUGUUGGUUUUGUCUUUGUAUGUCCUGUAUUACAACUUGUAAAUAUGUGCAUGUUGUUUAUGACGUGUGUCUAUUUGUCUCUUAUUGCACUGAAAUCUGCAAGGUGAAUAGUUGUCCUAUACCAUUUGCAAAAACUUCCUCCAACUCUUCCUCACUGUUGCCCCUUUUCCUUAGUUGAUAAACUUAGAAAACCAUUUAGAAUUUUUUGAAACCCUGAGAUUGAAUGAAAAAUCAAUCAUGGCUGUCUGAGAUCAUCUCCAUGUCCCUCUAACUUAAACAGCUGAAAGGAAAGCAUGAGAUCUUCCACCUUAUUUUAUAGAGCUGUUCUACAAUACUGGUGUGCUUGCUUGUAUCUAUACUUUGAACUAGGAUUAAAGAUAUAUAUAUACACAUGUAUGUGUAUAUACAUAUAUAUUAUGUAUCUGAUUAAAUCUUCGUAUGUAGAUAGACUCGAAGGAUUAAUGGUGGUUUUAAUGAUUCCCUCACUCCUGAAUCAGCGGGGACUAUGAACAACGACAGUUGGAGGACUGUUCAGUGACCCAUGUAAAACGAGUCUCACUUGUGUCAGGGGAGACAUGUAACUGUUCUGCAUAAUGCCCUGUACAGAGAGGCCUAAGAGUGAUGGAUUUGGAACCUAAUCUGUUUUGUUUCCUCAGUGUCAGAACACAGGCUGGAAGGACCUUUUAAAAACUUGGUGGGGCAUAUACGAAAGACAACAGAGCUACUUUAGAAGUAGAGAAAUGUUUUGUCAGUAUAGGUAAAAGUUUAAUGCAGGCUUUUGAACAGAUACUUUAAAAAGAUUCCAUCUUGCUGGCUUUUCUUUUUUCAACCAGCCAAAUCACCAUUUAGAAGUUUCAUGCAUCAUAAAGGAUGUCUUGUUGCUUUAAUUUUUUUUGGUGGUGGACCCCUGUCAUUGUGAGCUAUCACUGUCAAUCUUACUAAAUGAACAAAUAGCUGUGUAAAUAGCUUCUCAUACGACAUUUCUACUGAUAGCUGUUUGACUUUGUCUUCCCGCUAUGAAUGGGAGGAUCAUUUAUCAACUCCCCUUCUGGGUAGCUACCAAAAAAAAUACUGGCUUAUGGUCCCAUGUGACCCUGUCUUUGUUAAGCCCAGAUUAUGAGUGCCUUUAGCAAGUUUUAGCAUUUCACAGAAAGAAGAGAUGAUAGAAUUAUUGCCAUUAGUCACAAUGCAUAAAAUAGGAGCUUGGAAUAACAAAGCUUUGUGUGAAUUCUAUGUUUUACAUCUUUUUUUUUUAAUUCAUGCAAUCUCAAUUUGAUAUUGAGUAAAACUAUGUGAUAAUUAAUCAGGAACCACAUAUCCUGAAAAUGAAUCCAGUUGUCCAAGGCUGGCAACGGUCAUUGAUUUUUUUUUUCCACUUUGAUCUGCAUUGUAUUUAUAUGUAGUGAUCGAUAGUGUGAUGGAUUGGGAAGAGCUUGAUAUUGAUGUUUGGAAAAACUUUAUUUCAGUGUCAUUUUCAAAUACUGUCUUAUCUAAUACUGUAGAGAGGAUAGAAUUAUGUAUUUGCACAUGAAGUGUGUGAAGACUGUCAUGCAUAAUACUUACUCAUUGUGCUGUUAUGGUUCAUCUCUACAUUUAAAACAGGUACCUUCACAAAUCAGGUUCAAGAUGUUUUAAAGUAAAAUUUUCCUUACUUCAAUGAAUUUAAAAUUCUAAAUUGCCUGUACUCUUUGAGUCUCUAAAAUGCACUGCUAAAUUAAUUUUACUGCAGAAAUACUAACAUUUUUCUUGACAGUUUAUUAUGAGAAAUUUUAAAUGUACCUUAAAGUUAAUGAAUUUUACAGUAUAUUAGCACUAGAUUCUACUAUUAACGUUUUCCAGUACUUAUAUUACCGUAUAUUUGUCUGUCCCUCUGUUUAUCCGUUGAACAAUGGAGUUUUAAAAAUAUAUGCAUUUUAGUGUAAAUUUCAGAUACUUGCCUAAACAAUUCAGCAUAGGCAUAAUUAAUUAUAGUUUAAUAUCUAUUUACAUAUUAACAUCUUUUAACAAGCAGUGUAUGAAGUUGAUAACCUGAGCCAGUUAACAUAUGUCUUUUUCUCCUGUGGACUUGAGCCUUCUUGUUUCUGUUUUUGUAUAUGCUUAGAGUGAGGGAAGACAACUCCUUUUCAAACUGAAGUUUUUUGGUGUUGGUCAUUUUAAUGCAUAAUUGUCAUACAUUUUAAAGCUUCAUGACAAGAAUUUUUUCUUUAUCCCUCUUUUUUGAUGUAUGUUUGCUCAACUAUGCAGCUUCUUUAGAAAACUGUAAAUUACUGGUUGGGGUUUAUUAAAUCAGCUUAUACCUCA